CUCGGCCGGCCGGGUCUCAGUCUCGCGCAGGGCCCGGGGAGCGGAGCAGCGCAGCCAUGAACAGGCUGGGGCGGAAGGACCACGAGACCCUCAUAGAGAUGUCGCUGGCCGCGGACGGGGAAGAUAGCAAUGGACCUUUGUGUGAAACUAUUUCAAACACAGAAUCAGAACUUCGAAGCAACUCUGAGGGCCUAAGCAGCACUGAGACUUCUUUACUCAUCCCUGAUCAUCAAGUGAUUAGCAAGAGACACCAAAGCAAAGAUUCUGUUUUCUUCAGGGAUGGUGUCCGACGAAUUGACUUUGUACUUUCUUAUCUGGAUGAUCCAAAUAAAGAAGAGGAAAAGAAGGUGGAAAGAAGGCGAGAAUUUGAGAAGAAUCUACAAAAGGCUGGUCUGGAACUAGAAACAGAAGACAAAAAGGAAUCUGAAGAUGGCAAAACUUAUUUUGUGAAGAUCCAUGCUCCAUGGGAGGUUUUGAUCACAUAUGCUGAAGUGCUGAACAUUAAAGCACCCAUCAAGGAAAAUGAUAUUCCCCCUACUGUAGAGAACCCAUUGGACUGUAUGCUUGAGCCGUUUAGGCUACCGGAGAAGGUGAUGCACCCUGAACCAGACUACUUCACGGCACCCUUCAGCAAAAGUAGGCAGGAGCUCUACCUCAUUGAUAAUGAGAGCACCUUCUUCUCACCAUCCAGGAGAAACAGAAUAGUGUACUAUAUUCUAACACGGUGCCCCUAUGGAACAGAAGAAGGGAAGAAAAAGUUUGGGAUUAAAAGAUUGUUAAGUAAUGGCACCUACACAGCUGCUUACCCUCUCCAUGAUUGCCAAUACUGGAAGAAGGCAAAUGAUACAAACUGUGACAAUGAGAGAUACACAUUAUACAUGGAAUGGGCCAGGUUUUUACGGUUUUACAAGGAGCAGCCUUUGGAUCUCAUUAGGAAGUACUAUGGAGAGAAGAUUGGAAUCUAUUUUGCCUGGCUGGGUUUCUACACAGAGAUGCUGUUCUUUGCAGCAGUGGUUGGCUUAAUCUGUUUUCUGUAUGGUUUGUUUACAAUGGAUGAAAAUAUGAGCAGCACAGAAAUCUGUGCCCCUGCUAUUGGAGGAGAGAUCAUCAUGUGUCCUCUUUGUGAUGAGAAGUGUGAGUACUGGAAGCUAAACACCACAUGUGAAUCCUCAAAGUACUCCCAUUUGUUUGAUAACGUGGCAACACUUUUUUUUGCAAUUUUCAUGGGCAUAUGGGUAACACUUUUCUUGGAGUUUUGGAAGCGGCGACAAGCUAGACUCAAAUAUGAAUGGGAUUUGGUUGAUUUUGAAGAGGAACAGCAACAGCUCCAGCUGAGGCCAGAAUAUGAAGCCAAAUGUACCCACAAGAAAAAGAAUCCAGUGACUCAGGAGAUGGAGCCUUAUUUGCCUCUAACUAGCCAGGCUGUACGGUUCUGCAUCUCAGGAACUACAGUGUUGUUCUGGAUCUCUCUGAUCAUAGCUAGCAUGAUAGCUGUGAUAGUGUACCGUCUUGCAGUCUAUGCUGCCUUUGCCAGCAUCAUGGAGAAUACACAAACUCUGCAACCCAUCAGUGGAUUACUGACCCCACAGCUGGCAACUUCAGUCACCGCAUCAUGCCUGAACUUUGUCAUCAUCAUGAUACUGAAUUUCUUAUAUGAGAAAAUAGCUGUCUGGAUCACUGAUAUGGAGAUCCCAAGAACUCACCUGGAGUAUGAGAACAGACUGACUAUGAAGAUGUUCCUGUUCCAGUUUGUCAACUACUACUCAUCCUGCUUCUAUGUGGCUUUCUUCAAAGGGAAAUUUGUGGGAUACCCUGGCACAUAUACAUACAUGUUUAGUCGCUGGAGAAACGAAGAGUGUGAUCCUGCAGGCUGCCUGAUUGAAUUGACGACACAGCUCACCAUCGUUAUGGCUGGCAAACAGAUUUGGGGAAAUAUACAAGAGGCCAUUGUACCAUGGAUUUGGAAUUGGUGGGGACGCAGGAAAGCCAGAUGUAAUCCAGAGAAUUUAUAUAGUCGCUGGGAGCAGGAUCAUGAUCUGCAGUGCUUUGGAGCCUUGGGGCUAUUCUAUGAAUAUCUAGAAAUGGUCAUUCAGUUCGGAUUUAUUACUCUGUUCGUGGCCUCUUUUCCACUGGCUCCCCUUCUUGCACUGAUGAAUAAUAUCUUGGAGAUUCGAGUAGAUUCCUGGAAGCUUACCACUCAGUUCAGGAGGCCUGUUGCUGCCAAAGCCCACAGUAUAGGAGUUUGGCAAGAAAUUCUAAAUGGAAUGGCCAUCUUGUCUGUUGUCACUAAUGCCUUUAUUGUUGCCUUCACAUCUGAUAUGAUUCCUCGUUUAGUUUACUACUAUGCCUAUUUUACAAAUGAAGAUUCACCCAUGUCUGGGUACAUUAACAACAGUCUAUCCGUGUUCCAAGUCUCAGAUUUUCUAGAGGGAAAAAGGCCUGAAAAUAAUCCAGAGAACUUUCUCACAUGCAGAUACAGAGACUAUCGAUAUCCACCAGGCCACGAGAAGAAAUAUUUACAUACUAUGCAGUUUUGGCACAUUCUUGCUGCAAAAAUGGCUUUUAUCAUUAUAAUGGAGCAUAUUGUGUUCAUUGUCAAAUUCUUUGUGGCCUGGAUGAUUCCAGACGUUCCAGCAGAGGUGAAAGCCAGAAUAAAACGUGAAAAGUUCUUAACUCAAAAAAUCCUGCAUGAAUAUGAACUCAAUAAGCUGAAGCAGAAACUGUGUGAAUGCAAGACAUAUGAAAACAUGGAAAAGGAAGUAAUUGCCACAGAAGGAAAAGUGGAGUUAUCCCAGGCAAUGUAGCUGGAGGGGCUAUCCGAUUUUAGUCCCUGAAACUCCAGUCCUUAUUUAUCUGUGAUCUCCUUAGUAUGCAGUAUGUUGAAAGCCAUAUGAUAGUUUUAACCCUUUGCUUUCAGUCCAAAGAUUUUAAACAUUUGUUUUUCUAAAAGACACCUGUAACUGAGUAUUGUAGUCUUGGUAAAUACUAUUUCUCAAUUUCCCUGUUUUGUAGCUGUUCUGUAGCUACCCAUCGGUCUGGACAAUGGAUAAAUCUCAUGGGUCUAAAAAUCAAUAUAUUAUUUAGAAAUCCUGUGACACUGAUUCCCAGCGUAGGGGCUGUGACUCUCCCCAAGAGGUUGUGAUCAGGUGUAUGAGGAUCACGACUACCCUGAGCUUCCCUUACUUCUAAAUGGGAGAAGGAGGGGCAGUGCCAACUAGCUCCCAGCUAGAUGGCCAGGUAUGUGCCGGACAGCUUCUGCUACAGAGAAGAUUGAGAAUGAGUGUCUAGAACAUCACAACGUAAUUAGCUAACAUGGAGGCAGAAUGAUCUUUUUUGUAUCCACGACAUUUCAUAUAUAAUAUUUGUUCACGGGCUUGCAACUUGUAUUCAUUUUUUAGGAACAUGUGUUUUAAAGAUAUAUUGACUUAAUUCUACUUUGGAUUUUUUAAGGCACAGAAUUGAGAUAGGCUAAUGAAGAAAAAGAAUAGUUUAAUUUAUUUUCAAUAUUUUACUCCGAAUAAUCCUCAUCUGCUAAAGAGUUUCCUCACAAUAAAGUUUAAACAUUGAAAGUUUGUGGAAUAAUCUGCUAGUUACAGUACUUUUACCGGGGUUUGAUAGUUUAGUUUAGACUACAUUAUUUAAGGAAACUUAGCUGUUUUAUUUCUUACUGUACAAGACAUCAUUUGAAAAACCAUACUAAGUUAGUAGGGUCCUGCCCUGUCAUAUGAUUUCUGAUUAUGCACAUGUUAUCUGUGAGAAUGACAACAAAGGGAUAAAAUGGUUUGAACCGCCUAGUCAGAAAUUCUUCAGGAAUUAACCACAGGGCUGUGAAUUUUGAACAGACCCCAGUGUGGGGAAGCUGGACUGUAAUACAAAUUGAUCUAUAUAUGUCAUUGUGUUUGUAUGUGAAUGUGAUUAUGAAGCGAUAAAGUUAAGUAUUCUUAAUAUUUUAAAAAUGCCAAGCAAUGUACAUUUAUGUAGCCAUUGUCCUGAUAGUAGGAACCCUUGAAUUUUUUUGUUUUUAAUCUUGCCAAGAAGAAACCUUUUUUAUUUUGUCAUGGGGCUGUCUGCAAAGGUAUGAAGUAUAUUAAUUGUCAGCUAUUUGUGCAAGAUAGCUACAAGCUGUUUAUGAGCACUGCCCUUGCUAUAUAAUUUUAAUUACAAAUAUUUUACUGAUUUUACUGUAUUUUAAAGACAUAUCCACCUUACAGUGCUUAGUGCCUUUAUAUGCAUUUUACACAAGAUGUGAAAAUGCUAGCUCUAUAAUUAAAUGAUAUAGCAUAUCUUAAAAGUGAACCUGCAGGCAUCAUGAAACUUGGAACCUCCAUAUGGCAGUGUAUAGUGUUGGCUUAGCAAUGGCUGCAUAUGCAAACUUCAGUUUGUCAGUGCUAUGCAAAAGAGUGAAAAGCACUGUGAAGUGAACUGUGAGCUGAAGACGCAAUGGACUUGCUGUAUUCUCCCAAAAUGUAGCAUGCUAGAUAGUGUUAUUUGGAAUUUUAGUAUAUCUGCACUUUGAAAGUUAUAGUUAUUUAAAUGUACCAGACCAAAACCCCCAUCAUCUAUUUUGCCUUUCAGCUAAAGAACUCAUUGUUUACUAAAUCCACAAGUUUUCGGUUCCACUUUUGGUUUUAGCAGAGCAAACCUGUGAAUCAGAAAAAGAAUAUAAUAAAUACCUGGCUAAUUAGCUGAUUAUUAUAUUAUAACAGAGUUUUAAAUCUGUGUCUUGGGCAGAACUAACAUUACUGGUAGAACUUCUAAUGAUAAAAUGUUUACCUCUAAUGAACAUCACAUGAUUCUCCUACCGGCCAGGAAGAUUAAGAAGAUGUACAUACAUCUCUUUCCAUUGCUUUAAGAGCAGAGUGGCAACUGACCACAUUUGAUGACUGAAUACUCACUUGGCUUUCUUAGCCAGGUUUCCCAGAAUCUUUAUUGACUUGAGUGUCCCCAGGGCUACUUGGUUAAAUCUUUAACAUUGGUAAUUAGUAUAUGUGAUGAGCUGAGGUUGUGUGGUAACAUUGAUGUAACUUUAAAAACUCUGAUUCAUUGCAGAAGUGCAUGUAUAGCUAAGAUUAGUCUGCUGCUUAAGAACGUAUGUUAUAUUAUGAAGUGCAAUAAGCCAAAGAGUCAUUACAAUAGCUGUAAUUCUGUAUACUCUACCAAACCAUAGUAAACGAUACAAGCACUUUGUAAAAUAUCUGUGAAAAGAAGCAAAUACUGUAAAUUAAAUGGAGAAUGUGCAGUUUUUGUAUUAUUUUCAUGUUUAAAUUAUUUUCAUAAUUUUGUUACUGUUAGCAACCAGCAAAGCAUGUGUAAACUAGUACGGUGAAAAAAUACAACAUGGUAAUGUAACCUCUGAACAAGAUGAACAAAAGGUCUGCUUUCAAGUUAAAAACCAGUAAACUCAGUAUCUAAUGUUGUAUUCAUGCAGAUUUAAGAGAAUGUCAAUUACACCAAGACUUUGUAGUUAAAAAAAAAAAAGUCUUAGUUUGCCACACUUGAAAAGUUUCCAGCAGUGUAGUUGUGUUGGCAAUGGACAAUGCAUCUUAAAAAACAAGAAGGAGAGACACAAAUAACUUAAAGAUAAGAAUGCAGCACUGAUGUGCAGAAGCACCAAGUAGUAAAACAAUGAAGCUGAUUUAACGCGUGUCCCCAUUUCUUACUUCUAGUUCAUUUUCUGAGAGCACUUACUAUGUAAUCUUAUACUCUAGGAACAUUGGGUUGUUUUCUUCACAUACUAUAGUAUAUAUUAAAAAGUGAAAAACUCUGGGAUCAGCUUUAAACAUACACAUAUUUUACACUUUAAAGCAUCACUUUUUGGCAUGCACAAAAAAGCUAUUUAAAAGACAGUAAAUUAUCAUGAAAUUAUCAGCUAAAGUUACAUAAGAACAGGUUGGUCUAAGCUGUCUCAGUAUUUAACUAUUUACCUUUUCUUUGUUAGUGACUAAGCAUUGUUUCAACAAACUUUUAUUAGCAUAACUAGGGUUAUAACCUUUCACAGAUUAUAUUUUUUUUUCCUGCAAGGUGUUGCAAAGUGGCAAAAAUUAAAAGCCAUACUGGGAAUCUGAAAGUAUUAAAUAUUCUGUGCUGGGUUUUUGUACAUUUGAAUACCUAGUUUUGAUGUUGAAUAUUAAUACUGAACAUACAAAAUAUAUACUAUGACUGUAUAUAUGUCUCUAAAAGUGUCCUUUAACCACAGUGAAACGAGUUCAGUGUUGUAGCUACUGUAACUUUUAGGCAACAGUGGAUUGCUUCAAUAGAAUUGGCAAAUGAGGAAGAUUAUUGGCUUUUAAGGAUAAAGAGUAACCCGAUCAGCGAAUUUUUUCCCCAAUAUAAUGGUGAUAUUUGUGCUAUAGAAAGGUUUAACAUGCAAUGAUAUAAGCAAAUGACCAUGAAAUAAGCAUGCAACCACAAAACACUAUACUGUUUUUCUAGCAAAUGUUAUUACUGUGGUUUAUCUUUUUUAUGUAAAUUGUUUAAUAAUGUUGCCAGUUUCAGACUGCAGGAGAAAGUGGCAGGAAAGGAUAGAUUUUCUUACUAAACUGUUUGCCUCUUUUGUUUCCAACUGAUAUUGUCAUGUAAAUGGACUGGUAUUUUUGACAGUUAAGUAUCGUACUGAUGUAUAUGAUUCACUAAUCCUGGAAUAAUUUUUUAAACAUUGCAUUAAACUAACCUAUGUGUACAAUACUGAGAUUUAAAAUGUGUUGGUGAAUAAAGCAAUGUUUAUUUUUUAA